GAAAAUACGAGCAUUUAAUCAGGUCUCAGUUAUUGCCACUUAUUGGCUAUGUAUUAUAAUAUGUUCAAUAUUUUUAUUUGACUUUCGUGCUUCAUGAUAGAUAAUUGCCUGUGCUUACUUUUUAUACGAUUUUCUCUAUAUAUAUAAUAUUAUCUAUCUCAUACUUUUUUUUCUGUGCUUGAACAAUAAUAAUUUGUGUGUCUAUAUUUCUAUAUUGAUCAACAACUGACUCUCACUACAACUUUCAUAAAGAAAAUGCAAUUCAUCGAACCUAAGUGAGAAUCAAAAUUGAUUUAAUUCAAACAGUGAAAAUUCGUUUUAAAGUACAUUUUGGAAAAUAAUAUCCAAAAAAGCAAUUACACAAUAAAUGAGUCGUCACUUGCGGUUAAGCAGUUAUUCGUAAAUCUACUGUUGGCGCCCACAAUUAUUACGUUGACGGCGAACACUCCAACGUCGUCCGCCAUGAACUUGUUCGAAAACUACAGCUUGUCCACAGUGGAAAUAAUCCGAAACAAUGGUUACGACGUCGAAGUCCACAAUGUCAUCACUGCCGACGGUUACAUUUUGGAGUUGCAUCGUAUCCCCAGGAGUAAGCGAGGACAAGAACCCACCAGAAACCAUCCGGUGUUCAUCCACCACGGAAUUCUGGGGACAUCGGCCGAUUGGGUGCUAGCAGGAGCCGACAUGUCUCUACCCAUGCAACUCGCUGACGACGGUUACGACGUGUGGUUGGCCAACUGCCGCGGUAACACUUACAGUAGAAAACAUAUUUCGAUGUCUUCCAAACAAAGAGCUUUUUGGAAUUUCAGCUUACACGAAGUCGGAAAAUACGAUUUACCAGCUUCUAUCGAUUAUGUUCUUUCGAUAUCGAAAACUUCACAACUCCACUACGUAGGUUAUUCUAUGGGCAGUUGUGUGUUUUUCAUUAUGGCUUCAGAGAGACCCGAAUAUCAGCCUAAGAUUCGAUCGCAAAUCAGUCUUGCACCAGUAGCUUUCUUGUCAAACACCAGAUCGUCUCUAAGAUUUAUGGCACCGUAUGCAAAAAUGUUGAACAUCGUGUAUCAAAGGAUGUGGAAAGGCAUGUUUAUGCCGCAAUCGAGUAUGCAAAAGUUUUUGGCGUCUACCAUAUGUAGAGAAAAAAUAACUCAGAAAAUGAUUUGCGAAAAAUGCAUCAUAUUCUCCGUGUGCGGCAGCGACCCGUACCACUUCGACACUAAAUUGAUUCCCCAGAUCAUGGGACAUUUUCCGGCAGGAACUUCGGCCAAUCUCGCCGCGCACUUUGCUCAGUUCAUAUUGAAAGACACUUUCGGUCAGUACGAUUACGGUCGGGCCAUGAACUUGCGUCAAUACAAUUCCACCGAGCCGCCCACGUACGAUUUGAAAUCGAUCCGAGUGCCCAUCACGCUGAUCUACGGCGAAAAUGACAUACUUGCCGACACGAUAGACGUGAUGAAGCUUAAAGCCCAACUUCCCAUGGUCGUGGACUCAUUUCCGGCGAAAAGCCCUUACUUCAACCACGUAGACUUCUUGUGGAGCACAAAUGUCACCGAACAGAUCAACGACCCGGUCAAGGAAAUACUGCAGAAGACCGACCGCCUGGGCUGGACGUACACGGGCACCGCGGCCACCGCCAUCUCGUCCGCCGUGGCCGUGAACGCCGUCGAUCUGCCGCAGAUCCAGAUGCUACAGCUGAACCCGCUGUCGGGUGCCGUCAACCUGGCGCCCAGCCUGGAGUUCUUCGCCGAGAACCUGGACGCGAUCAUCGCGAGCACCAUGCCGCGGCCGGUGGACGAGCACGACGCGGCCGUGUUCGAACGGGAACGGGAACAGCAGCGGCUGCUGUUCGGCGGCGUCAUCAAGUUCGCGCAGGCGGCCGAGAAGAAGUACGGACACAUCCGGCAGGAGAUCACUAACGAGAUCGCCGGCUGGGCCGACGACGCGGCCACCGGCGCCGAGUCGCGCGUCAAGCAGACUGCCGUCCUAGUGAACGGCAAGAUCGCGUUCGCCGGGCACUCGGUGGCCGGGGCCGUGGGCAAAGCCGAGCACUUCGUGGCCGGCGGCGUAGGCAAAGCCGAACAGACCGUGGCCGUCGGCAUCGGCAAGGCCCAUAACUACUUCAACUACGGUCUGAACAAGGCCGAUUGGGCCGUGAACGCCACCGUGGGCCGCGUCGGCAGGGUGUUUUGGUUCUGGAAGUGAUGCGUCGAUAACCAAGUCUAGAAAUAUUAUUAUGUAGUUGGUAUGGCCACGCGCUCAUCUAUAUACGCACUCGGACGUUUGCCGGGAUACAGCCGAUACAGCUGCAGUUAGUAGUUAUAGUUAUCUAUAUAUAUUAUUAUCGUGAUUCCAAUAUUAUUAGUUACGCUAUCGCUUACCUAAGCCUCGUACGAUUUAUCGGUUUAUCGUUUGAGUCAUUUUAUUUUUUAUAAA